AUGGUUCGCGUCACUGAGGAGCUGGCUCUUUCGCCAGAACAUGUCACUCUUUACCAUACUACCGACCCAUUGCUUGGACAUUUGCCUAUUCUGAUCCUCCAUGGGCCCUCGACAACGGCCAACUACACGUUCAACAGCUCGCGGGUACAGUUGCACAUCUAUAGUCCAGCAGGCUUUCAGUCUUUCCCCCGCGUCACAAUCUCUCCGAACUCGCCCUUCUACGACGUUGUCAACUUCCUCCCACGCGAGUUCCAAGGCGAUGAAAUCACCCGUGCCCUAGCCUUCGGCCUGUUCAAAUACUUCAGCGAACUCCCUGAAACCGUCAAGGCUCAUGUCCGACAUCAAUAUCCCACGACCAAGGGCCGCCGCCCCGGCUCCUCGCCCACCUUGUUUGGGGAGCAGCAUGCCGCCGACAUUGCCCAGAACAUGGUCAGCUCAGAGAGGUCUGCUGAGAUUAUACCAAAACUCCAGAUGGCCUUACAGACACAGCACAUUACUAAUGUCGACAUUGAUUUGGUGCUUCCUCCCGGUUCCAUUGUCCCGUUACUGCCCGAAGACUACGAAAAUCUGCCCGAGGACGAGGACGAUAUCAUGGAUCCCACUUUGCGCCAAUACGGAAUGUAUACGCCUUUGGUGAGACUCUUUGGGGAAACCAUGUUCAUGCCGACCUCGCGAUUGCGCCGAGCGCCUUCGAAACCUACCGCAUUGAACCGCCAAAAAUCUUUUGCCAGUGAGCAAAAGCUAGAGUUGCGCCGCAAAUUGGCUGAGUUGGUGGAUACUGAAGAGCGCUAUGUGAUGAAGCUGAACGAGCUCGUGAAACAUAUUGCAGAUGAAUAUAGGCAAAAGGCGACGCGGAAAUCUUCGAACAGCUUUAGUCCGCCCAUGGAGGAUGUUGAGAAGCUUUUCCCGCGAUCAUCUGAGACCAUGUUACAAAUCAACGGUGGGUUCAUGCAGGAAUUGCGCAAGAUCAUGGAUGAAACCGAGGAAGAAGCCAUGGAAGAUAUGGAAUCUGGUCCAUCUUCCAGAAGUGGUAUUCCAGGCAGCUCUGCUGGCAAGUCCAAAGACCCCAGUGGCGCAUUGGCGAUCGCUCGGGUCAUGUUGGAAUGGUUUCCUCAGUUCACAGACUGUUACCAAGACUACAUUCGAGCGAGCCAGGACUUUCCACAACUCAUCACUUCCUUCAUUGACCAGCAGUCGAGUUUCUCCCAACGAGUAGCCGUCACUGGAGAACAGCACUUGCGUUCCACCGUCAUUGAGCCUGUUCAACGUCUACCUCGGUACAGUCUGGUCAUUGAUCAGAUUGUGAACUGCCUUCCCAUGACGCAUCCUGCACUUCAACCGAUGCUGAAGGCUCGAGAUAUCAUUGCCAAUAUCUGCUCUAUGGACGACCCCCUGGCUGAUAAACCCCACGUCAGUACACGAUUACGGAACAUGAUUCAAAGCUGGCCCAAUGACCUGGAGCCUAGAGGGCGAUUGAUUGUUGCCACCGACUUCUCGGAGUUACCUGCACCGUACGACGCAGAUGCUCCAAUCGACAUCAACACUGAUGAGCAGGCUGGCAUUUUUUUACUCUUCGCUGAUUGCGUCGUGCUCGUCAAGAAAAUAUAUGGUUGUAACAUGACAGCUCGUGAUCUGUUACGAGAAAUCGACAAACCAUCAGCAGCUGGCCUUUUGGCUACAAUGACUAACGCAGCUGGUGGCGAGGGUACAUAUGAGCUUGCUUUCGCGGGAUGGCACGACCUGGCUGCGGUGCGUUUUACGGAGUCAUCCGAUUCGAGGAUGAUUUGGAUGACUUCGUCAAAAGAGAUGCAUGGAGCUCAUGCCAGUGAGUAUGUCAAGAAUACCGGGUUAACCUCACGGUGUUUUGUGCUUGAAGAGUCAUAUGAAGGAAAGUCAGCAAAGUGGAGCGAAGACGUUGUCAAAGCUCGUGUUGAAGGUCGAUUCGGUGAAGCGGAGCGAGAGGAUCCUCGGUGGACAUUGAGAUCGUUGCGAAUGCCUGAUACAAGUCUCGGCCUGUAUACAGCGGUGUUUCAAGAGGGUCUUGAUCAAUUGAUCGAGGGUCGAAAAGAGCCUGCACCGAUUCGAAUUGUUGUUGAUCAUGAGAAGGGCACGAAAGGCUCUCCUAUCGGCCAUUACGGUGUCGAAAUUGUUUCGGAUAUCAAGACUGGUGACAUGAAGAAGGUUGCUAUCAUUACUGUGGGAUUAACUGGCAAGAAGUCAAAUGACGAGACAGUAUUAGAAGACUUCUUGCCUACUCUUGCUAGGAGAAUCAUUCAUCUCCUAAGCACGCAAUUUAGCGUUGCGAACCCAAAUAUCGCCGCCGCCCUGGUGUCCUUCCACACCAAAAUUUUGCGAGGUCUCAACCUUACAAACCGCCUCGAGAAAUCCAGGUCAUUCUUGACGACAUCCCCGGUCAAGAUGCUUACAAGUUUCCUAGGUGGUGGUAGCAGCACCAUAUCCGAGACGAAUAUGGGAACCAAGAGUCCCCGUGCACCGGUCUCUAGCCUCUUUCCCGCACCCGCAAUAAGCAGAUCAAAUAGCUCCAUCAAGGAUUCAGCAUCAAUUUUUGGAUCUGCCAAGAGCCGAGAUGGCAUCAAACUCGGUAUUGAUGAUCAACCCGAGAAUCCUCUUGUGCGCUUGGAACAGACCUUUACGGGCUAUAUGGCCAGCCUCCAUGAACAAAAAGGCAAUUUCAUAGCCCGGAUGAUCAUUAAUCGAGGAGCUGUCGAUGAGCUGGCCGUCAAUGAUCUCUACAACAAGCUCAUUGAAAAUCCUUUUGAGACUGAAACUCCCCCAGAACUGACAGCUGAUGUUGUUUUUGUGGCAUUUGAAAAGUUUGUGAAAAUCGCCUGGCGUGAGCAAAUGGGAGCAAUCAUGUCGAUGAAGAGUUUGGAAGCACUUCAAGAGCGCGCAUCUAAGAGGGUAGUCGGCGAAUUCGCCGACUUCGUGAGGUUCAUGUUUGGAGACAUGGCUCCUCAAAAUCGUCGAGCAUUUACGGCGUUAGUGAAACUGCUAGCCGCUCUCCUCGAUGGGUGCGCAAAUGACGGCGACCGGGGCGCCUUGACACUCGCAUUUGCAGAACUCCUCGUGGAUGACGACAGUGCACAAAACUAUAUCAAUUUACUUGAUCGACUCGUGCAAGACUGCGACCGAAUUUUCGACCACCCUACUUUCGAUUUGGAAGCCAGCCUUAGCCGCGCCGAUUCCAUUUACGAAUCCAUGAGCUUAGCCAAUCGUGGCGCGAAAUCGCAUACCGGUUCGUUGACGUCGAACACUUCGUCGCUCAGGAGGAAACUAGGCUUUGAUACGCUUUUACGUCAGAAUAGCAAGACCGAAGAGCGGCCCUCUGUUUGGAGAACUUUGAGUAAGCACGGAAGAGGCAACUCGGUUAGUGAAAGCUCAAGUUUGUCAAAGGCGACUGGAGGGAAAUCUCGGUCCAUCGAUAUGGGUACGGCGCCCAACAAACUCAGGCGGCCUGGUUCGCGGGACAGGCCACCGCUUGCUGGGGCAUUUGACGAUACAUUUACAAGGCCCCUUAGCUCACAUCGCCUUGAAACCAUUGGUGAUCUUGUCGAGCCUACAGAAGAUGCAACUCCGAAGACGCCCAGGAGGAAGCGCCGCAGCUCCUUGUCGGAUCUCAGAAGUCUUAUGGUAACAACCAGUUUGCAAGAUGAGGAUGAGCCGUUGCAGCCAUUAUCCCAUAUCCAGGAGACGUCUCAAAAGUUAAACUCAGGUCCAAAGAUGCCCUCUUCUACAAGAAUACCUAUGAGUCCGAUGUCUAAUGGCCGCACUGACCGUCAGAAGGAGAACAUUCUUGGCAGUCCGUUUCGGGGAUCUCCAAAUCCGUUCCAGACUCCAGCUCAAUCAUCGCCAACAGAAUCGCCAGUGAAGGGCCAUAACAAGGGCUUCUCGACGUCUAGUAUACCCACCUUGAAGUCAAUCAAGUUGGCAACUCCGAGGACCGAUUCUCCAAUGCGGCCACCGCUGAGCCCAACUAGAAGCUCCACAAGUACUAGGUUAAGACUUCAAUCUCCCCAAAAACUUCGCGAACGACUGCAGUCCGAGAAGCAGGCGGUGGAAGACGUGGACGCCAAUUUGCAAUCUGAACUUUCAAAGAUUGCCUCAGACAUGGCUCGAAUGACAUCAACAUUACCGCGAUCCAACACUGUUGAUCUUCGCAAGUUGUCGUCAAGUGUCAACGCCCUUGAGUCGCGUAUACCGGUUCUCAUAAAGGAGAUAGGCGACCGUCAGGAAACAUUACAACGUGAUAUGGACAACACCCUUAAAGCAACUGAAGCAAAAGUCAAGGAGAUCGACCAGUUAUACAGGGAAAGCACGGCUGAAAAUGAGCUACUAUACGAGAAGUUCAAUAGUGAACUUGCCAAGAUUGUCCGAGCACUCAAGGGAAAGAGCGGAGAAAAGGAGGAGAUUAUGACAAAGAUGAAAGAAGCCACCGAUGAGACGGCGAGAAUGAAGAAGGAGAACGCCAGGCUAAGACGCGAAAUGGCAAGCUUGAGAGCCAUGGUGAAGGGUGCCGUGACCGAGACUGCCUAG